GAAUAGGGAUUGCACUAGAGAGAGUGGAGAGCCAAGAGAAGCAGACUCCGCAACAGGCUGAUGAGUACCAAAUUGACCUGCUUCCACUACUCCAAGAAGACUCUCACGCACACUUGAACUCUGCUCCUCCCCAAAACAAUGCUUCCCUCCUCCGCCGUCUUCGGCGGCGCCUCCCUCCUCCUCCUCCUCCUUCUCCUCCUCACGACCACCCUCUCAAUCACCACCACAGCCUCCGCCCCAAUCAUUGGCCUUGACUCCUUCCUAACCCAACAAGCCCGCCUCGAUCCCCAAGCUUCCAGCGACUCCUUCCUCUCUCUCUCCUCCUCCCUCAAAAAAUCACUCUCUCUCUCCCACCACCAUCCCCCCUCCAUCUCCUCCCUCCUCUCCCUCCAACUCUCCGUCCCCGUCACCGUCAAACUCGUCGGCCCCGAUUUCCCUUCCUCCGCCCCCUCCAUCCUCCACUCCUUCCUCUCCGCCUCCAUCUCCUCCGACAACUUCCACAUCAUCGCCCCUUUCUCCCCCCACCUCCACCACCUCUCCCUCACCCACUCCCUCCACCUCGAUGUCUCUCUCUCCUCCUCCUCUCUCUCCUCUCUCCUCUCCGACACCCUCCGAUCCGAAGUCGCCAAAUCCCCUUCCUCCCUCCGAUCUCCUCUCCUCUCCGUUCCUUACUCCUCAAUCGACCAAAUCAUCAGACAAGACUUCGAAAAAGAGAAGCCUGUUCAAGGAUUUUUCAUCUAUUUGCUCAAUCUAGGCGCAUCCAAAUCCAAACCCUACGCUUACAGUUACGGUUUCGGUGAUUCAUCCCCUGCGUUUACCAAGUGUUUGGGGAGCGUUUGGACCGGUAAAGAUCGUUACUUGUGGAUCGAUUUGGCCGCCGGUCCGGUCGAUUACGGGCCGGGCUUGUCCGGCGAUGGGGUUUUACCGAGGGGCGAGUUUCAUCCGUUGGCGGCUUUGCACGGUCGACCUAAGUCUCAGAAAGCAUUGCUUGCUGAUCUUGCUUCUCUUGUUUGGAGUGCUUAUCAGGUACUUCUUGUGCCCUCUUUGAGAAUUCCUGUUCCUUUUGAGAAUUCAUUGAUUAUACAGUUCAUACACAUAUAUGGGUCGGAUAGUAAGGAUAUAAAUGGUUUGGAUUUUAAAUCGAUUGAGAGGACUUUCAUGGACGAGGUUAAUGAUGGUGCGUUGUUGUUGGGUGAUCAAUCAUUGAGUUUCAAGACUUAUGAUGUGCGUUAUUCUGAGUGUUCGAUUUGUUCGUUUGCCAUUUCGAGGGCGACUACUUCAUAUACUUCUAGGUACUUGUUUGAUAACUAUACAUUGAUUGUUAAUGAGUACUUGGAUUCGAAGCGUUUGCAUCAGAUAUUAUCAGAAUCGACCGAUGAAUUCAGGAGGUUGGCAGGGUUUCCAGAAGAGGAUUUUGGGAGGGUUCUUCCUGUUUAUGUUUUCGAUUUGGACUUCAACACAAUAUUGUUGCUUGAUCGGUAUCACCAAUCUGUUGCAUUUAAAGAUAUGGUUGUUGCAGUCAGGACAAAGAAUACUCAAACUGUGAGCGAUUAUAGUUGUAAUGGUCGUCAUGUGUUUACACAAACUCGGGAGCUUGAGAGACCACUCGUCGGUUCAAUUUUACAGAGUAUGUGGGGAGUUUCACCGACUCAUCUAUUGUGGAGCCCUAGGCACAAUAGCACUUUGGUGGAUUAUACAUGGAGUGUUGGGCAGACUCCAUUUGGGCCAUUCUCGGAGAUUUCGUCGCUGUCUUUCGUGCAGAAGGAUGCAGCUCGUAGGAAUGUCCUCCUGACAUCGUUGAAUUACAGUAUUACUAGUGCCAUCGAUGUUCUUGAAUCCAUAGCAUCACAUGGUGGGGAUAGAAAACUUCUUAAACAGAAUCGGCAUACUGAAUUUAUCCAGAGGUGGAAUUUGUUCAAGCACAAGCUGGACAAAGCGGUUUCUGCCUUGUCACAUUUGGAUUUUGAGAUGGCUUUGUGUUUCUUGAGAUCUUCAGAUCAUGAUCUGUAUGCCAUCCACUCUCUUAUUUACCAGGCAUCCCAAGAACUUGAGGCAUCACUUGUUUGUUUCAAGGACCCUCCAUUUCCAUGGACAUCAGCUUUAAUGUCCGCAGUUGUUUUCUUCGCCGUCAUUUUUGCUUAUGUGAAAAGAGACAAGUUAUUUAGGAACAAAAGAAAGCAGUUUUGAGGUUCUAAAGCAUCGGAUGAUUGUAAUAGUUUAACAUGAGGACAUGUGUUUUCAUAAUAGAGGUAGGUUGGAAGGUCAGGAACCAGUUAUCAGUUUGAUCUUAAAAUGUACUCCAGUUUGAAUUAUCAAAUUGGCUUCUGUUCAUUUGUUUGGCAACUUCAUGUAAAUUUCAGGUUUGUGCUCUUAACUUUUCUGCAAAUGUGCUUGCAUUUGAAGUUGCAUGGUACUUAUGUCA